CCACCAGACGCGCACGGGGAUCGGGGGCCCCACCUGCCAGCGUCCCUCCCUCGCCAAGCAGCCGCCCCGCCCGGCCAGAGAGAGACCCCGCCUCCGGAUCGCCCGCCGGCCGCCGCCGACGACGACGAUGCCCCGCGCUGCCACGGGCGCGAUCGCCGCGGCGCUCCUGCGCGCGCAGCUCCCGCUCAUGGCGCCGCCGGCGUCGCGCGUCGCGCGCGCGUUCCCAGGCCUCGCCGCCGUCGCCCCGACGCGCUUCGCUCGCUACACCUCGUCCUCGCCGAGCCUUCGACUCCUCCCGAGCCUCCGCUCCGCGCGCUCGUUCUGCGGCGUCUCCCGUGCGUCUCCCGGCGGCGCGGCCACUGGCUCCUCGGCGGAGGAGGAGGGCCAGCGGCUGCAGUCGGAGCUCAUCUUCCUCGGCACGGGCACCAGCGAGGGCAUCCCGCGUGUCAGCUGCCUCACACACCCCACCAAGACUUGCCCCGUUUGCACCAAGGCUGCCGAACCGGGGAACCCAAACAGGAGGCGCAACACCUCUAUCCUCCUGCGCCACGCCACCCCUUCUGGCACCGCUAAUAUUCUCGUUGAUGCCGGCAAGUUCUUCUACCACUCCGCGCUCCAGUGGUUCCCUGCAUUUGGGUUGAGGACGGUCGACGCUGUCAUCAUUACCCACUCUCAUGCUGAUGCCAUUGGAGGGCUUGAUUGUCUUCGUGAUUGGACGAACAAUGUCCAGCCAUCGAUCCCAAUUUAUGUGGCGGAGCGUGAUUAUGAGGUGAUGAAGAUGACCCACUAUUAUUUGAUUGACACAAGUGUAGUUAUACCUGGAGCGGCAGUUUCAGCAUUGCAAUUCAACAUUAUAAAAGAGGAACCAUUUACGGUUCACAAUCUUGAGGUGAUUCCUUUACCUGUUUGGCAUGGUCAAGGUUACCGCUCUCUUGGUUUUCGUUUUGCUGACAUAUGCUACAUAAGUGAUGUCAGUGAUAUACCUGAAGAAACCUACAAACUUCUGGAAAAUUGUGAACUACUUAUAAUGGAUGCUCUAAGACCUGAUCGUUCUUCAUCAACGCACUUUGGAUUACCCAGGGCCCUUGAGGAAGUUAGGAAAAUCAAACCAAAGAAAACACUGUUUACUGGAAUGAUGCAUUUAAUGGACCAUGAGAAAGUAAACGAUGAUCUUGCCAGGCUGAUGGAGACAGAGGGUCUUGACAUCCAACUUAGCUAUGAUGGUCUCAGGAUACCUGUAAGGCUCUAGAAUUGUUAUAUAUACUUCUUUUUGGAACACACCCAUUAUUUUAUCUGUUAGGUGCUGCUAAUUGAUGCUUGCGGAGUUUCUUUAGUUCCAGUUGAGUAAAAUCAUAGCCAAAUGUAAUCUGUUGAGCUCGGUGCUUUGAGACUUAACUUUUCAUUCUCUCCCCUCAAAAGAGGAAACUUAUGUAGCAAAGUUACACCAUUGUUAUCCAGCGGAAUAAAGUCAGACUAUUGAUUUUUAUGAGCCA